AUGGUCGAGUUAGAGGAGGUACUUGAAGAUCACGAAGAGGCAGUAAGUGAUGAACAGUCUGAUAGUUCUAGUGAAGGAAGUAAUUCAGACGACGACUUUGAAGAAUCAUUCGUUGAGCGAGUAAAGGCUCUCCGUGACAUAGUACCUCAAGAUACACGAGAAAGCAUAGUAGGCAACAUUUCGUCUGUAUUCAGAGUUGGCUGGCAAGGUGCUACUUGGAUAGGAAAAGUAAUGUGGGUCUUAACCACGUCAGCACUACUGGUUGUUAUGCCACUCGCACUAGAGAUCGAGAGGGAACAGGCGUUGGUACAGCUGGAAAAUGAACAGAAAGCUAUGCAAUCAGGAAGUCCUUAUGGUCAACCUGGCCAGCCCGGUCAGCCUGGACAGCCCGGGCAACCGGGACUGUCGACACCACCGAUUGGUGGAUACGUGCCGCCCGGUUACUAA